AUGGUGAUGUCGCAGGGCACCUACACCUUCCUGGCCUGUUUCGCCGGCUUCUGGUUGGUCUGGGCCCUCGUCGUCAUGCUCUGCUGUUUCUGCAGCUUCCUGCAGCGCAGGCUGAAGCGCCGCCGUGAGGAGAGGCUCAGGGAGCAAUGUCUGCGAACGGUAGAGAUGGAGCCGCUCGGCUGUCAACCCGCAGGAUACCCGCCUCCCCCUCCUCCUCCUCCUCCUCCUCCUCUGCCACCACCGCCUCCGCAGCUGCCCAGGGAGCCGCCGCAGUUCUGCCCUCCUCACACCCAGCCGCCGCCACUUCCUCUGCUGGUUCCUCAUCACAUGCCACAAGCAACCUGGGUCAGCGUGCCAGAGGCAGAUAUCUUUGGGAAGCCGCCCUGCUAUGAGGAGGCAGUCCUGAUGGAGGAUCCCCCUCCGCCCUACAGCGAGGUCUUGGCCGACCCACGGGGGGGCACCUAUCUGAAGCCUGGCCCGCUUCGAGCAGCGCCGCCACCUCUCAGAGAACACCAGGACCGUGCUCCGGUGUUCACAUCUGAGACCAGUAAGCCUCCCGCGGCAACCGUGUUCCCCGAUCGGGGUUACUCCUCCCUGAUACGCCUGCCUUCGUCCCAGCGCUGGGACUCUCUGGGUCACCUCCUGUCCAACAUGGACUUGAACCACAACAACCUCGACCUGCCGGGGGGGCGCUCCCUCCAGGCUGCCACAGCGACGGCUACCAUGCCCCGCCGAGAGCCCAGGACUCACCGUGAUGGACUUGGGGUCCGAAGUGGAAUACAAGGACUUCAAGGGGGGAUACAGGGAUUCCAAGAAGGGUUACAGGGGGUUCACGGACUGAGGGGACUGGAGCCCAGCUGUGGCCUACCAACAGCCUUCCCUCUGCUGGGUCGGAGCACUGCGGUCUAGGCCCUGGAUGCUUUCUAACCAACCAACCAACCAACCAACCAAUAAGUUUGGUCCAUCUCGGAAGAGCCUUAAGCAGGAGAUCGUUAAGGACAGACUUCCUGUCUGUAUGCCUCCUUUCCAGCUCAGUGUUUACAGCACUAGCGCCGGUGGAGAGAGAUAUGAUUCCCCAAAGAGCUACAAGAGGAUUAAAGUGCUGCGAAGGCGCCAGGAGUUCAGUUCCCCGGGCGGCUCUGUGGGCAAAGGGUGCCGCUUUCUCUGCUGGGAUUGUGGCUUUAAGCUCUGUGUGUGGGUAAUAGAGGAAAUUACACACACUCUUUCAAACCAGUGUUGUUGAGUCACUGAGGUAUCCCGGCGUCAUAUCAAAGUUAAUUGAGUCAAGGACCGUUUGAACAGCAGAGGAGGAGAGGAAAGAGCCAGUAACUGGCAGGGGAAGAGCAACAAACGAGCAACAAGCACAGCUGUUUCCGUGGCUCUCAUCCAGACUCUCGACCUUUAUUUUCGUCUCUACCUCCCGUUUUCGUGUCGCCUUCUCAUUCUGUUCAUCCCUCCCGUCUUCUCUCUGCGCCGGAGCAACCUAUUGUACCAGUCUGCUGUUGCCAUGGCUCCUGGGAACCAUCUGUUGCCCACGACGACCUGUCCUCUUUUAUCUGCUCUGAUUUUUGUAGACUCUGUUCGCAGCCUGCCUCUUCACAAGGACUGUGAGAGCAUUAACACUUACAAAAGAACAAGUGGCGACCUUGGGUCAGACUCGACCUUGUUCUGUUCGUGACAUUAGAGCCCAAAGGCCAGUUCUCCUUUCUAAAAGAGGCAGAGUACACAAGCUAGCCGGGAUUGCAUUUUGUAACACGCUGCUUUGUUAUUUUCUGUGUCGUCUUUAACUGUUGUAGUGUGGCCUCAACCUGGAAGUCAGGGCCCUUUUGGUGGUCACAGGAUGACGUUAGCAGGGCCAUUAAUGUGAACAACCUUGUUUUUCACCUACGAAUUUAAGCUUUGUGACAAAUGCCUUUUCUCUUGUGAAAUUUAAAAAAAAAAA